CGUAUCGCGAAAUCGACAGCGACGACACCCAACCUCCGACGCCAAGGUAGUAACCGUCAAGAUGCCUACCAGAUUCUCCCAGACCAGGAAGCACCGUGGUCACGUCUCGGCCGGUCAUGGUCGUAUCGGCAAGCACCGGAAGCAUCCCGGUGGUCGUGGUAUGGCCGGUGGUCAGCACCACCACAGAACCAACGUCGACAAGUACCACCCUGGUUACUUCGGAAAGGUCGGAAUGAGAUACUUCCACAAGACCACCCAGCAAUUCUGGGCCCCUACCAUCAACCUCGACAAGCUCUGGACACUCGUCCCCGCUGAGAAGCGCGACCAGUACCUCGUCGAGAAGAAGAGCGACAGUGCUCCCGUCCUCGACCUCCUGCCCCUUGGCUACGCCAAGGUCCUCGGCAAGGGCCGGAUCCCUGAGGUCCCCAUCGUUGUCCGUGCCAGAUACUUCUCCCGGGAGGCUGAGCGCAAGAUCAAGGAGGCUGGCGGUGUUGUUGAGUUGGUUGCAUAAAUUGGGGAAUAUCAGGCUGCAC